UAAGAAUUUGAAAAUUCUGGUCGGUUUACUUUGUUUUCUUGUUUGUGUACUCUGUUUUAUUACUUUUUCGUCGUUUUUAUACAAUAAUCACAAUGAAUAUCACUGAGGAUCCUCUUUAUUUAGAAAUUGCCGAGAUUGUCAAUGGAUUUAAUGCGCGAUAUUUAGAAAGAGUAGAAAAAGUUCAACAGGAAGCGAAAGCGUGUAAAAAGAACAAUGUGUUACAAUCAAAAAUUGCACAGGAACAGAAAUUAAACGCAGAACUAAAAUCCAGGCUAGCCGAGCUAUCGAAACGCAACGAUGGAAUAGAGAAGAUCUGCUUAAAGUUUUCAUCCGGACUUACAAUUUCUGACAGCGAUCAACAGCGGCUAGAAAAUGCAAAGGAAAUGGUAGAGAUUGGCAAGAUGCUGACUGGUAUACGAUUCGACUAUAGCGCGCCCCCGGACGUCGUCAAAGGAUAUAUAAAAUGUGAACGGAACAGAACUCUGACGCCAUUGGAGCUACCCGCCGCCGAAGCCGAAGCACGCCUGUGGGCUAUGCUGGGAGACUGCGCUGCCCAGAACGACGGAAAGGAGAACCGGAGAGAUAAUUAGGAGACUACUAAGAACAACUUGUGUUGUACUUAUAAUAAGGAUAACCGAUAAAUGAGUAAAUAAAUGUCUACAAGGAGUAGUUUUUUAUUAUGUAAAUGGGC